AUGACAUGGUGGGUGACACAUCAGAAAGAGCCUGCUGGUGGGACCCCAAGAGUUUUAGGGUACUAUGAAUGUGGAGAGAUGGCCUUGCACUUGACAUGGGUGUUCGUUUUUGGUUUAUUAGGCAACAUCAUCUCUUGUUUGGUCUGCCUUGCUCCUCUGCCAACAUUUUAUCAAAUUUGCAAGAAGAAGACGAGCGAAGGGUUCCAAUCUAUCCCUUAUGUGAUCGCACUAUUUAGUGCUAUGCUUUGGCUAUUUUAUGCAAUUUUCAAGGAUGAUGCCAUCCUUCUAAUCACCAUAAAUUCUUUCACCUUUUUUAUUGAGAUAGGCUACCUUGUUGUGUACCUUUUCUAUGCCACGAAGAAGGAUAAAAUUCUGACUUUCAAACUUCUCCUCUUGUUCAAUGUUUUCGGGUUCGGUCUCAUCUGUGUAGUAACGCUCUUCCUAACACAAGGCCAAAAACGUGUCCAUUUUCUUGGAUGGAUUUGCAUGAUAUUUUCUUUGUGUGUUUUUGUUGCACCUCUUUUCAUUGUGGGGAAAGUUAUAAAAACAAAGAGCGUGGAGUUCAUGCCUUUCUCUUUGUCAUUCUUCCUAACUCUGAGUGCAGUCAUGUGGUUCUUCUACGGCUAUCUAAAGAAAGAUCAGUUUGUUGCUGUUCCAAACAUACUGGGGCUUCUCUUUGGUAUCCUCCAGAUGGUGCUUUAUAUGAUCUAUAGGAACCCUAAGAAAGUAGUGGUGGUGGAUCCUAAACUUCAAUUAGAAAUAUCUGAACAUGUUGUGGACCUUGGAAAGUUGGGCGCAACAAUCUGCUCUGAGAUAACUGUACUGAUUCCAAAGCUAAAUGAUAGUGGAAAUGGAGUUAUUGAAGAUCAAAAUGCAAAGGGACAGACGAUGGAAAUCAUGAAAGCCAUGGAUGUCACCAGCAAACUUUAG